CUAUUAUUGAACCUAUAGUAUCUGGUACCCAGAUUGGCAAAUAUGGGAUGGAUAUAGGCUUCAACAAGUACAUUGCUACUACUAACAACAAAAUUGGGUUAUUCUGGACGGAGGAAAUUCUAACUUUAAUUGACAUGAUGGAGCAGGGACAAUGGGUGCACUGUAACUUCCUUGACAACACUAUUAAGGAUACUAUUGCUAUAACCACAGUAUAUGGAAAGCACAAUGGCAAGGAAAGGAGAGAACUUUGGGAUGGUUUAAUCAAAAUCACCCCUCAAACCAAAUGGAUAGUGGGAGGAGACUUCAAUGUCAUUUCUGAUUGCUCAGAACACUGUGGAAAGCAUCCCCCCUUACAAUCUGACAUGGAGGAGUUCAGGGACUGCCUUGAAACUUGUGGGCUCUCCACACCUCACACUAUUGGGUCUUUAUUCACAUGGUCUGGAGUUAAAAGCAAUGGUAGAGUUAUGAGGAGGCUGGACAGGGCUCUGGUCAAUGACCGGAUGAUAGAAGACUAUGAGGAUAUCACUAUUUCUCAUCUUAGUAGAGCAUCAUCAGACCAUAAGCCUAUUCUACUUCAAUGCAAGAAAGGAAGCCAAGCAGGUCCUAAACCUUUUAGGUUCUUGAAUGCAUGGUUAAAUCACCACUCUUUCCUCAAGAUGGUCUCUGAUCACUGGGAUAGUAGCAGUCAUCAUGGGAGUAUGGCUGGUCUAGCAUUCAAAUUGCAUGGGCUAAAGAGACACAUCAAAGAGUGGAACAUAAAGACUUUUGGUAAUGUGGUUAAUAAACUAAAGGAAGCCGUGGAAACAGCAAUUAAGGCUCAGGAACAAUUUGAGAAGGACCCAACACCAGAAAACAGGGAAUUGGAUAAUAAGGCAAAGGCUUAGUUGAUAAGGGCUACAGAGAAUGAUCUAAGCUUUUGGAAACAGAAAGCUAACCUGAAAUGGAUGGAAGAGGGGGACUGCUGUUCCAAAUUCUUUCACUCCUAUGUCAAAGCCAGAAGAUCUAAUCAUCAAAUCAGAAGCAUAAUGGAUGAGAAGGGGAAAGAACACAAAGAUAUGGCAAUUAUUAAACAAAUGGCUAUAGACUACUACUCCAAGCUCUACAACAACUCCAAAGAUGUAGAUAUGGAGCCUGUUCUACAUUACUUGGACAAACCUAUCAGCCACCAGGACAAUAUCAAUAUCAGCAAGGUACCAAACGAAGAGGAAAUCAAAGAAGCUGUAUGGA